AUGGAGGACAUUCUCAGUGCCAUCAGGAGAACACAGGCGCAACAUGGUUUGAACCGGUCCAAAUGGGACAAGACCACAAAAUGGCUGAAUCUUGCUUCUUCAAGGAUCGUCUACUACAGCAGCGUUCUCGACGCACUCGCACAGCACCAUCCCGAGUAUGUUUCCCUGGCAUGGGGCGCCAUCAAAUUCGUCCUCAUGGGUGUUGUGAAUCACAGUGAGCUCUUGACCAAGUUCGCAACCGCGUUCUCAGAGAUAGGUGAGGCCUUGAACUCCGCGUUGUGCUCUGCCCGACUGUAUGGUACUGCGGACAUGCAGACUCAUAUCAGCGAGUUAUAUCUGCAGAUCAUGCGAUUCCUGGAGAAAGCCGUCAAGUGGUAUAGCCAAAGCACGCUUAAACGUUUUGUCUCCUCCAUGGGACGACCCUGGACGCUCAGCUGGAAAGACAAUGUCGACAACAUCCAUGCCUUGGUCGCAAAGGUCAAAGACAAAUCGCAGACUGCAAUGUAUGCUGAGCUCAGAGAUACACAUGUCAGCGUACAGAACACAGAGCUCAGCGUGAGGAAUGUGGAGAUCAGUGUGAAUCAGACAGAACUCAGCACACAGGACAUACACAAAAUACUGUCGGCUCAUGGCCUCAAUCUGAGUGAAGACAUGCGUGUUGUCAGGCCAGGAGUCCAGGACCUCCAAGUGUCUUCCGUUCUGACAGGCCUUGCGCCAGGAGUCGAUCUCGCCCAAGUCCUAGUCGACAUCCAGAUUCUCAUCAGAAGAAACCGCUUCCCUCAAAGCCUUCUCCGGAACGAUGGCGGGCUACGCCGAUCUGUUGCCCACUGGGCUCAAGACCAGAAAUCCUCGUUACUUGUGCUCCAGGCCAAAUUUGCUGAUCAAAUGAUGAUGAAGACAAUCAUGUUAGACCUCAUUGAGGCGCCCCACCGACCUUUCUGCUCGUUGAUAUUCGCACUUCCGAAAGUCAUGGGUGAGGGUAGUUCCAAGAUGUGCUCUGAAAGUCUCGAAAGCUGGACGCGGAGUCUUGUAUAUCAGGCACUGAAGACCAACUCGGACUUCCUCAUCACUCAACCUGGAGGAUUGCAGUCGGCGAAAUAUCAUUCGGCCCACUCUCCAGAGGAAUGGAUGCAUCUUCUCGGCCAGAUCCUCGGCUCGAUACCAAUGACUUGUCUAAUCCUAGACACAAGCGCAUUGUAUGAGCAGUACAAGGACAAAUCAGAGACAUUCUCGCACAUCAUCGGAUUGUUUCGCAAGCUCGUCGACGAGGUGCAAAGCGCAGGCAAAGUGCUGAAGGUUGUUUUGGCAACCUACGACGCGGCAUUGCCGACAGAUCCGCUUCUCAACUCCAGAUCCUGGGAGGAGACAAUGUGUCGAUUGCAGUAUCAAUCAGUGCCGCCUAGAUCGAGACCGCAAUAUGCGCAAGCCAACCGAACAAGGCGAGUUGUUUUGCAACGAUCAAUGGCAGGCAAAAUUGUAUGA